AUGACCACCUACGAAGCGGUGACGAUACCUCCGACGGGCAAACACACGUCGACGAUUAUUUUUUUCCACGGUCUUGGCGAAUCUGGGAGCAUUUGGGCGGACUUAUUGACAAAUUUACGCAAACCAAAUACCAAGAUUAUCUGCCCUUCUGCGCCCAAAAUACCGUUGACGUUAAACAAGGGGUUCGCGAUUCCGGCGUGGUUCGACUUGUCGACAUUGAACGAAGACGCGCCGGAAAACGAGUCGGACAUAUUACGUGCCGUGGACAACGUGCACGCGAUUUUGGACGAGGAAUUGGCCAAGACGCGGUUACCGCCAAAGAAAUUGUUGCUGGGUGGUUUUUCGCAAGGCGGAGCGCUGGCCCUGUACUCGGCACUCACGUACCACAGGCCACUGGCCGGUGUCCUGAUCCUAUCCUGUUGGAUACCGUUGCACAAGACCUUCCCAGACGCGGCCACGAAUAACACCAAUAUACCAAUAUUCCAAUGUCACGGGACGGAAGACCCAGUCAUACCUUACGCAUGGGGCACACGAACAUCAGAAAUAUUAAAAGAGUUUGCCACCAAAAGCCAAUUCACAAGUUAUGAAGGCUUGUUGCAUCGUACAAAUGAGAAAGAGUUGGCAGAUAUAAAAUCAUUUAUUCACAAGACUGUGACAUGA